GGUGGCGCAGCACAAACGGCGAACGGGGCGUAUGAGUAGUGGCGCGCCUAUCAAGCAAACUUGUUUAAAGUGCCAUAAAAAAGCCACACAAAAAAUCAGCAAAAAAAGCAGAAAGCAGACGCUACUGGCGCCGGGUCACAAUAAUAAUUUUCGCGACGAGUGUGCAACUUUUUUUCGUAAGCUAAAAAAGUUAAUAUCAUAUAAAAACCAACAGCAAAUCGCGGAACAAGUGCAGUGUCGAAAAAUAAUGCCCUGAAUUCAGUGUCAGUUUCAGGUUCCGCAAAAUGCCGUAAAAUUGGAUAGCAUUUGUUGGCCAGUCAAAAUCACCUGAAAAAAUAUCAACCAAAGGGUAGCUUCUCAAAUAACUUAUCAGACAUGAAUUGGGUUAUCUACAGUUCUUGGUCGUGGCUGCUGCUGGCCGUGAUCUCCCUGGGCAGAGCCUCACCUGUGCCCAGUCGCCAGUAUAGCUGCAUGAGCUACCAGGAGAACGACAACUCGUUCCACGACGAUGACACCGACCAGGAUGUUAGCAACGAACUGCAAGAGCAGCAAAUAGAAUCCACUGUACUGCCCGACGAGCCACACCAGCGGACCUGCUCCGAUGGUUAUACCUUCUGCUUUACUCUAUGGAAUCAGACGGCCAAUGAGACAAGGGUUGUCAAGCAGGGUUGCUGGAAAGACAACACAGAUCGUCCUUCGAUCUGCAGCCAUUCGGAGUGCACCAGCUCGGCGCCCACCUCGAAGACCAACUCCCUGUACUACUGCUGCUGCUCUGGAGAUGUGUGCAAUAACCACUAUGCCGUGGUGGAGCCAGCACCUCUGGAACUGGGCUCCAACGAUGCCAGAUCUUCAAUCACAAACCGAGCCACGGCAAAGCAGCAACAAUCCUUCAUGGCCAGCACAAUGUUGGGCUUUGCUGGUGGGGUAACUGCCCUCAUGAUUGGCAUCUUCUUUGCCGUUCAGUAUUGCCGCGGUCCCAAAGAAAAAUCCGAGCCGGAGGAGUCACCACUGGCACCAUCGGGUCCCGGUUACAGUUCCAAUCUGCGGAACGUGGACAAUAUGAAUCUGAUUGGGAUGCUGGGCAGCGGCAAGUAUGGAACUGUGAUGAAGGGUCUGCUGCACGACCAGGAAGUGGCCGUUAAAAUCUAUCCCGAAGAGCAUCACCAGUACUAUGUGAACGAGAGGAAUAUAUAUGCCCUGCCCUUGAUGGAUUGUCCAGCGCUGCUAAGCUAUUUUGGCUACGAUGAACGUUGCACAAUGGAUGGCCGCAUGGAGUACCAGCUGGUGCUCUCCCUGGCUCCCCUGGGAUGCCUUCAGGACUGGCUGAUAGCCAACACCAUGACCUUCAGCCAGUGCUGCGGCAUGCUGCGGUCCAUCACCCGGGGCAUAUCCCAUCUGCACACGGAACUCCGGUUGGGGGAUCAGCACAAGCCGUGUGUGGCCCAUCGGGACAUCAACACCCGAAACGUGCUCGUCCAGGCUGAUCUAAGCUGUUGCAUUGCGGACUUUGGAUUUGCCUUGAAGGUUUUCGGAUCCAAGUACGAGUACAAGGGAGAGGUGGCCAUGGCGGAGACAAAGAGCAUCAACGAAGUGGGCACCCUGCGCUACAUGGCUCCGGAAUUGCUGGAGGGAGCGGUGAAUCUACGAGACUGCGAGACCUCCUUGAAGCAGAUGGAUGUUUAUGCUUUGGGAUUGGUUCUCUGGGAAGUGGCCACACGCUGCUCGGACUUCUAUGCCCCUGGCCAGGCUACGCCACCGUACAAGGCUCCAUAUGAGCAGGAGGUGGGCUCCCAUCCCAGCUUCGAUCAGAUGCAGGCUCUGGUGGUGCGGCACAAGGCGCGUCCGCUCUUCCCCGCCGGCUGGGGUGGCGGAGCAGCGGCCAAGGUGGUAAGGGACACCUGUGAGGAUUGCUGGGACCAUGACGCGGACGCCAGGCUGACUUCGUUGUGUGCCGAAGAGCGCAUGCAGGAGAUGUCUGGGCUAAGGCCACGAGCCCAGGCACAGCCGGCCAGUCCCCUUCUGAAUACCAACAAUCUGGUGGCUACACCAAACUCGGAGCAGGGCAUCAAUGCCAUAGCCGUGGCAAUCACAACGACCACUACAUCAGCAGCAGUGCAUCACCAGAUGAGCUCCGACACUGUUGGCCUCAUCCAGCCGCCACCCAACCAACAGCUGCCAGCAGCUGCUCUGGAACGGGAGAAGAAUCACCUGAGCUAUCCCCAGCUGCAGCUGCAGCCGUAUCAGGGCAGGAAUCCCUGCCAGGAGCGUAACCUAGCACCGCUGCCCUUGCGCACUCCCCCGGUCCUGGUGGAACGGAGCAAGAAGCACAGUUUCCAGACACAGCCGCAGGAGAACUCACUGUCCUGCCUGGAGCACGACGUGAGUGUGGAGGAGCUGAUAGCCAAUCAUCACAAUCACCAGCAACAGCAGCAGCAACACCAGCAGAAGAACACCAUAGUCAGCAUUGCCGGGACCAAUACAAAUCCCAGCCUGGGUCAGGGAUUUCCCAAGCAACAGAACACGGACCACAAGCUCAGGGGAUGGCAUGGGGUUAGGGCUCUGAUCCACAAGAAGCUCUUCCGCAAGGAACACGCCGAGGAGCUGUGCCGGCAACUGCAGCUGGGCGAGGAGAAAUCCAAUCUGGUGACGGCACUGCGUCGACCCAAUAACUUAGACUUGAGUCCCCGGCUGGACAAGCCUACGCCGAUUCAGCUGCGGAGUGCGGAGCAGCGCAGUGGGACACCAGCACACAUAGUGCCCAGAUCCCUGUCGAGCAGCCUGAUCAAGCACAUGAAUGGGAGCAGCAGCAGCACCAACAACAACUCCAUCCUCAGUCAUGGAAGCGAGCUGCAGACCCUCACCCGACCCGCUACAAAGCGAAGGCCUGGCCACCUGCGCACCAACUCCCUGAUGGCCACCACCACCACGGGUCACCAGGGUCCGCCCACGGAGCAGCAGAUGCGACGCCAGCAUAGCCUGGAGGUUUUCCGUGAGGUGUUUAGCGGACGGGGGAGUAGCGAGCGACUGAGGGAUCCCAGCGAAAGGGUCAAAACACCAGGAGAUGUCCCACCUUCUGUGAGGAAGGCCAGGGCCAGCAAGACCCUCAGCCUGUACGAUGAUCGUAUGAUGGACUCAUCGCUGCUCAACAUUCUCUAGCAUGAGGAGGUCCUGCUGCUGGAACUAUAAGCUAGGCAGCAGGACACGGAACUGGACUCAUAUCUCAUCCUUCAUCGAACACAUAUUCAACGAUAGCCAUAAAGUAGAAGACUCGAAUCGCUUCCUGAAACAGUCUUCUCACAUAAAGUAAAGGACAGAAAGGGGCACUGUUUGGGGUUUUCAGAUUCUUUCGAUUUCAGAGGAACAUCAAUAUAGUGAAAGGCUUCCAAGAGAUUUCAGAACCUUUUCUUAAUCUAAAAGAACAUUCAAAUCGAAAGAACUCAGUUUAUAUGGAAACCCCAAAUAUAUCCCUCAUGAAAUCAUUUAUUUUUCGAACAUAACAUAGCGGGAAGUAAAGUUCACAGAUAGUACGUGUAUAUCUAGAUGUAUUUUUUCACCAAUCAUCCUAGCGUGUAGUGCGGCAAACAACCAAAGUCCUUAUAGGUUAGAUCAGACUAGAAUCGUACGGAGUAUCAGUAUAUAGAGCAGGCAAGCUGCCCCACAACCAUAUAUAUAUAUUUUUGACUUGAACUUGAACUGGGACAAGAGCGAAACAGGUAGUAGACUAUAUAGUUUAUAUAUAUGUGUAUGUAUGUAAGCGGUUUUCACUCGAGUUGAGCUUAAGGACAACAAAGGGAGGAGAGUGAGGAGCUAGGGGCUAGGUCGGACCACUUUUAUAGAGCCAUAUAUGCUAACGAUUCCCAUAUAUCUAUAAUUAAACAUUGUACUGGAAUAUUUAGUCACCACAACACAUACAACACAUACGAGCAAUCGUCGGGAUUGUCGUAAAGAGCACAAAAUACUCGAAUUUGAAGUAUUUGGUUAAUAAUUUCUAAACCCAACUUCUUAUGAGCAAAAGACAGCCCCGAAACUCAUGGCAAAACAAUCCAUUUAUUCGAGUAUUUGGCAGCCCAAAUCUUUUGGAUGAAUUUUCAAUGAAUGCCUUUUUGUCGUUCUCUUUAGUACUUAGACCAAAACACCCGCAGCCUUUCAAUCACAUUAAAUGCAAGUCUAGUUAUAUAUAAUUUACACUAAUUAUAAACUAAUUUAAUACAAUUAAUAAACGAAUUAUUUAAAAAUUGUA